AUGGGAGACGCUGAGAUCAAAGCCUCCAGCUGGAGAUUAGUCGAGGUGGGAAGGAUCGUUCUCAUCGAUGGAGGAUCCCAAGAUGGAAAGCUCGCCACUAUUGUCGAGAUCAUCGACCACAAGCGCGUCCUGAUUGAUGGCCCAUCCACCGAUACCAAGACCGCCGUCCCCCGCCAGUCGAUCGCUCUCGCCCGUCUCAUUCUCACACCCCUCGUUCUGGAGAAGCUCCCCCGUGGAUCCCGCUCCGGCACCGUCAAGGCUGCAUGGGAGAAGGCUGGCAUCGAGGCCAAGUGGCAGGAGAGCGCAUGGGCAAAGAAGCGCGCCCAGAAGGAGCGCCGUCGCGCACUCACCGAUUUCGAGCGCUUCAAGGUUCUGAGACUGAGGAAGCAGGCACGUUUUGAGGUCAGAAAGUCGUUGGCCAAGGUCAAGGCAGCUGCGAAAUAA